UUCAGAUCUGAUCUCAGUUCCGUCAAACUCAACGUUUCUCACUGAAGUCUCUGAGCAGCUUCACUUAGUGUCGGCGUUUGUUUGUCUGCUCGUUGACGUCACUGUGACGAUUAAAACCCGAACCCGCGGCUGUUUAACAUAUCGCGAAGCUCAGUGACGGGCAGGACCAGGACCAGAACCAGGUCUCACUCUCCUACCAGUCCUCGUCCCAGUGAUCCCAGUCCCCCUCAGCAUGAGCAUCCAGCCGCGGAGGAUCCGUCUGAAGCCCUGGUUGUUGGCUCAGGUGAACAGCGGCAGGUAUCCUGGUCUGCAGUGGCUCAGUCCAGACCAUCGACUGUUCCAGAUCCCCUGGAAACAUGCUACACGCCACACACCAACAUCAGAUGAGGAAAACACCAUCUUCAAGGCAUGGGCUCUGGAGACAGGUAAAUAUCAGGAAGGUGUGGAUGAACCGGACCCUGCCAAGUGGAAAGCAAACCUUCGUUGUGCUCUGAACAAAAGCAGAGAGUUUCAGCUGAAAUAUGAUGGCACUAAAGAGACUCCAGUCCAACCAUACAAAAUCUAUGAGGUCUGUGAGCACCCUGGGAACCCAGAUGCUGCUGAUGAUGAUGAUGAGGAGGAGGAGAUGCCAAAUCUGAUGGAGCUCACAAUCAACCCCAAGAUCAGUGACCUACCCUCCUUCAGCUCCUUCCCAGCUCCUUCAGAGGUCAGUCAAUUCAGUCUGUCCACCAAUGGGACAUUUGGACCUUCACAUGUGAUCCCGAUACCUCUCAUCCCAGAAAGAAUUGUCCCCAUGACCUCUGACCUCCAUGCUCAGGGUCAAAUGGUGGAUCAGGGGGUCUACGUUCAUCCUGCAGGACCUUCUAACGGACUCCAUGCUGCCUCUGCUCCCUCCGGGUCAGCCCUGAUGGAGGCCAGUAGCAUGGGGGCCAUCCAGAACCAGGGGGACCCCCAGAACCCCCAACCCUGCAAGUAUGACCUGCUGAGCAGCGUCCCACUUACAGAUCUGGACCUGAAGUUCCAGUAUCGAGGCCGGACUAUGGGCUCUCUGACGGUCAGUAACCUGCAGGGCUGCCGGUUGUACUAUGGACACCUGGAGCCAACACCAGAGCAGGUGGACCUGUUUGGACCUGUCACCCUGCAGCAGGUCCUGUUCCCAGGGACAUCCGAAAUCCAGAACCAGAAGCAGCGGUUCUAUACUGAGGCACUGCUUGACGUGAUGGACCGGGGUCUGAUCCUGGAGAUCUGGGAGCAAGACAUCUAUGCUGUCCGACUCUGUCAGUGUAAGGUGUUCUGGUCUGGACCAGGCAUGCCUGAACAGGGUCCACCAAAUCCCAUGGAGAGGGAGAAGAAGGUCAGAGUGUUCAGCCUCAACGACUUUCUCCAAGGGCUGAUCUUGUUCCAGAAAGGUGAAGCUCAGAACCCUCCACCCUUUGAGAUAUACUUCUGUUUUGGGGAGGACUGGCCCGACAAGAAACCCAAAGAGAAGAAACUCAUUAUGGUUCAGGUGGUUCCUGUGGUGGCUCGGAUCUUGACAGAGAUGUUCUCUGGAGAACUCAGCUGGUCAACAGACAGCAUCCGGCUGCAGAUCUCACAUCCUGAUGUGAAGGACCAGACUGUCGAGCAGUUCAAGGAGUUGCAGAGGCUCCUGCAGAGCCAAAACAUCCAGGGGCCCUGGACCCCCAACAUCCCCUGAUCACCAUGAAUCUGACAGGGGAAUCAUUUAUUGACAGUCCUGCCUCCUUGUGCUGCUCAGCUCCAGGACACUUAUGACCCUCAUGAGCACCGGAGGAUAACAGCAGUUCCACAUCAUGUUCGGUCCCUGUACACUCCACGUGUUUUUUAUUAAACGCUGAACUAGUCCUUUAAUGUCAAUAAUACUGUGAUAGUUUCUACAGAAUUUGUCAGCUGAAUGUAACAAAUGAGUUAAAGAAAAGCCCCAGAACAGGACAGAUAGUUUUCAACUCUUUAACUGAACUUUAGCCAAAAAUCAAAAUAUCUUCUGCAUGUUGUUCAGUGUGAACUAGAGCUUAAAGUCAGUAUUGUACUUCAUAUCGAAUGAUCUUUUCAUAACUCAGCUACGCUGUAAAAGACGGAGGUCUAAGUUAGUAUGAAUCAUCAGCAGAGGACAUCUUCAUCCUGACACCCGUCUGCAGCUUCGUUUUUUUUAUGUCAGUAUUGUUGUGAUGUUUUAUCCUGACCACAAACCUCUUUGUGACCACUUGAACAUGAAAGACAUUGCUUUGUUUUUAAAUUGGAAUGUUACUCUCAGUGAGUGUAUUCAGGAUUUCAAUAAACACCGCUGCAGUAUUCUUUCAUA